ACAUCCCAGCCCUGCUCGGAUGAUUAAAAUAAACAAUGGUAUUUGUGCCCGUCGCUGAGCUGGCGAGCUUCACGUGUGCGCUGCCGAAGCUCACAAGGUGCCGCACGGUGGCAGAAGGAACGGAGAGCCGGUUCCUCGGGAGGGGAAGGAGCCCCAUUGUCGCCGCUCCCAGGCGCCGGCCACCGCCGGAGUCUGUCCGGUGGGUGCCCCAGUCCGGGGGAGGGAGCGGGGGCUCGGAGACUCACACACCCCCGCCUCGCCACUGAAGUUCUGCCUGUUCAGGACAAGUGUGGGAACUCCCAGCAUUGACCAUUUGUUUAAUUUGAACAUCAUAACGCCACAAUGGAACAAGUCAAAAGAAAUGCUGAUUCCACCUCGCAGAACAGAGGCUGAGUGAAUCAUCUGUGGCAGACUGUUCAAGUGCCAGAUCCUGCUCCGUGUGUUCCGCAGAGGUGUCCUGGGCUUGCACUGCCUGAAGUUUGUAGACCAGAGAUCUGGAGUGAACCAUGGGCUGGCUCUCGGGAAUACUGGCUCUGUUCUCCAGCCUGCUUCUCCUUCCUGAACUCAGCUGUCAGAAUGGCAAGAACAACGUUCCACGACUGAAGCUUUCCUACAAAGAAAUGAUGGAAUUGAACAACAUCAUCACCUUUGGAGGCAUUGCAAACAGCUCCAGUUACCAAACGUUCUUACUUGAUGAGGAGAGAAGCAGACUCUUUGUUGGGGCCAAAGACCACAUCUUCUCUUUGAAUCUGAUCGAUGUUACCAAGGACGUACUGAAGAUUGUGUGGCCUCCAACCCCUGCGCGGAGAGAUGAAUGCAAAUGGGCCGGUAAAGAUGUGGUGAAAGAAUGUGCUAAUUUCAUCCGGGUGUUGGAACACUUUAAUCAGACACACCUGUAUGCCUGUGGGACAGGAGCCUUUCACCCGGUCUGUGCCUACAUUGAGGUUGGCCAUCCAGCUGAGGAAACCGUUUUCAAGCUCGUAACUUCGCACUUUGAGAAUGGACGAGGGAAAAGCCCCUAUGACCCAAGGUUACUGACAACUUCUCUUUUAAUUGAUGGAGAACUGUACUCUGGAACUGCAGCAGAUUUCAUGGGCAGAGAUUUUGCAAUCUUCCGUACCCUGGGGCAUCAUCACCCCAUUCGGACAGAGCAACAUGACUCCAGGUGGUUGAACGAACCUAAAUUUAUUGGCGCCCACUUGAUCCCAGAGAGCGACAAUCCGGAAGAUGAUAAAAUGUUUUUCUUUUUUCGAGAAAAUGCUUUGGACGGAGAGUAUUCGGGAAAAGCUAUACACUCCAGAAUUGGGCAGAUCUGCAAGAAUGACUUUGGUGGCCAUAGAAGUCUCGUUAAUAAGUGGGUGACUUUCCUCAAAGCUCGGUUAGUCUGUGCAGUGCCAGGUCCAAAUGGCAUUGACACUCACUUUGAUGAAUUACAGGAUGUUUACAUAAUGAAUUCAAAGGAUCCCAAGAAUCCUGCAAUAUAUGGCAUCUUUACAACCUCCAGCAACAUCUUCAAGGGCUCGGCAGUGUGUAUGUACAGUAUGUCUGACAUAAGGAGAGUGUUCCUGGGUCCGUACGCUCACAGAGAAGGUCCCAGCUACCAGUGGGUGCCGUUCCAAGGAAGAGUUCCCUACCCUCGGCCAGGAACAUGCCCUAGCAAAACCUUUGGAGGAUUUGAAUCGACAAAAGAUUUUCCUGAUGAUGUGAUGACCUUUGCCAGAAGCCACCCGGCCAUGUAUAACCCAGUGCUGCCCGUCAGCCACCGACCCAUCGUCAUCAAGACCGAGGUGGACUACCAGUUCACUCAGAUAGUCGUGGAUCGAGUGGAGGCUGAAGAUGGACAAUAUGACGUCAUGUUCAUCGGAACAGAUGUGGGGACUGUUCUGAAGAUAGUGUCUAUUCCUCGGAAGACUUGGAAUGACCUGGAAGAGGUGCUACUGGAAGAAAUGACAGUGUUGAGGGAGCCAACACCCAUUACUACACUGAAAAUUUCAACUAAACAGCAACAGCUGUAUAUUGGCUCCACCAUCGGGGUGUCACAGCUCCCACUGCACCGUUGUGAUGUCUAUGGGAAGGCUUGUGCAGAGUGCUGCCUGGCCAGGGACCCCUACUGCGCUUGGGAUGGCUUCUCCUGCUCCAGAUAUUUCCCUGCCGCCAAGAGACGUACAAGAAGACAGGACAUUAGAAAUGGGGAUCCCCUUACGCAAUGUUCCGACCAACAUCACAAUGACAAUAUACAUGAACAUGACAACAUGGAGAUGAAGAUUAUCUAUGGGGUAGAGAACAGCACCACCUUCUUGGAAUGCAUUCCCAAAUCGCAGCAGGCACUGGCACUCUGGCAGUUCCAGAGGCAGAAUGAAGAGCACAAGGAGGAGAUUAGCACCGAUGACCGCAUCAUCAAGACCGAGCAGGGACUGCUGCUGCGUAACCUCCGGCGGAAGGAUGCAGGCACGUACAUUUGCCAGACCAUCGAGCACGGCUUCAUGCAGACCCUGCUAAAGGUCUCCCUGGAGAUCAUCGACACCGAGCAUUUGGAGGAACUCCUACACAAGGAGGACGAUGAGGGGCUGAGGGCCAAAGAGAGUCACAGCAUCACCUCUGCAAUCCAGAAGGUCUGGUACAGGGACUUCAUGCAGCUGAUUAACCACCCCAACCUCAACACCAUGGACGAGUUCUGUGAGCAGGUGUGGAGGCGUGACCGCCGUCGACGGAAGCAGGGGCUCUCACACUCACCUGUCCAUGGCAACAAGUGGAAGCACCUUCAGGAAAACAAGAAGGGUCGAAAUAGGCGGACCCACGAGUCCGAGAGAGCACCAAGAAGUGUCUAACAGGACACCCCCUGACGCACAUUAAAUUCAAACAAGAUGCAAUACACACAUUAACUCGGUCAUUGCAUUAUGUUGAUGUUUACAAGUGUAUGGGAUGCUCACCCAGAAACACAACCACCGCUCACUGUCCUUAUUCAACUCCUCAUUCUUUUCGUUAACGCAGCAUGGUGAUUGUGAAUUGCAUCUCGUAGUUGGACUGAACUCGCUGCUUCAACAUGACUUGCAACUGACUGAAAUCCGCCAACUCGGUUCAGAUAAAGUGGCGGGCAGACUCGAUGUUUUGGCUCAGUCAGAAUGUGUUAAUAGUUUAUCGUCACAUCCAUGGAAAGGACUUGCAUCCUUGAAGUGAAGAACAGAGACACGUUCGGGGAAACAAGAUUUAGACAAUCCUAAAACCAGCCUGCUGUUGUUCAGGAAUGCAACAUGUGCUGACAGUGGAUAUCCGGAUACAGCAAGGCUGUGGUGUCAGUAAUCAGUUCACUGUCAUGUGAAACUGUUGAAUGUGUGCUCCCACCCCCUCCCUCUCCCCAAACUCAACCCAACGGCAGCGAACGUGCAUUUCAGGUAGACCAGUCUACUGGGCUCGGUGACAGGCACGAGGAGACAGGGAGACAAAUUUGGCUGAGUGACUACUGUCAGCAUGUCCUGAAGAAAUGAGAGUGCUGCCUAGUUGCUUUUGGCUUAGAACAGGAAUCCAAAAACACAGCUUUUCUGCACGUUGAAUGACCACUGAGAAGGAGUGCAGUCAUUGGGGUACUUGUGGAACAUGGAAAACAAGACAGAUGGUCCACCUAAUUUAAGUAGAACUUCACGUUAAUGGAGACAUAUUAAGAGAUAUUCUAUUUGUGUCCAGUGAUGGUGGAUUUUAUGGAAAGAAGUUUUGAAAAAGAUGAGACUGGAGCUGAGUCUUCAGUCACUUGAGUAGAAGACGGCUCUCAACUCAAGUGAAGGUCAUGCCUGUGACUGAUAUUGUUCUGGGAGGGAGGUAACAUUGCUUAUCAAUUACUCUAAGUCCAGCACACUGGUGUCAGGGUAGUUACUUCCUGUUGAAUUCUUAUGUGACUUUUGUUUAAAUUAAAGUUUUGUACAAUUCCAGAAACUGGAUGCAAAUAAAACAAGAAUUCUGUUAGGAAUGCCACUGACCACGAAAGUGAGUCUGAAGAUACUCCAGAAAGAGAUCUUGGAGGGUCAAGUGUAGUAGCUCUUAGGAACUAAAAUCACGAGUAAAUCAUUCCAGAAGUAAUAUAAGCUCCGACCUUCAAUGUUACGCUGAUGAGGCUGCAGAGUGAUGGGGACCAAACUGAGAUUCUAACAAUCCCAGUACAGGGUUAGAGUAAUUGUUUUACAAGGAAUUGUUAUGGGCUAAGUGGCCUUCUUUCAAUCAACAUAAUUCUUCCUCAAGUAUAAGGAAGAAUACAUUGUGCAUCAAGCCCCCUGUUGGUUUGUGUGUUUGAAAUAACUGCAUUAAGUAAACUUUAGGUAAAGCAUUAGAAUGGCAACAGUGCAGAAAAAUAAUCAACUUCACUUGACAAUAAACAACAUAUUAAAGUUGAGAACUAAUAUUUGUAAUAAAAUAACAGAUAUUACUGUCUUAAUUGUUUAGGAUUGUUCUUUAUAAUCUACCCCAGGCUAUGUUUAAUCUUCUGUAAAAUUAACCCCUGCAGCUCAAAUAUUUGACUAUUUUAUAUCACGGUAGAUGAUCCAGGAAUGUCCAGCAUUUAAACUCACUAACUACCUCAACUGCAUGAGGGGCAUCUUCCAUUUCCCGGUUCAGUUAACGAGAAGGUCAUGUGUGUCUGGGCUACCCCUCUCUCCAUCUCUCGGCGAUUGAGAGGGAUCAAAGAAGAUUUGUUCUAAACCAACCAAUCAUCCAGCAUCCUCCCAGAAAGCCAAGGUGCAGAUUGUGGUGUCCAAACCCCGCUUUGCAUGGGUGAACAGGCCUGAGAAUGGAGGCAGGCGAGGGGGAACAAGGUCAGGAGAAAAUCUUGUAAACGAUUCAAGAAAUGCAAAGUGCCGUGGGGUUCCAUUUACAGAUGGAGUUUUACAAGCAGUCACAAAGUCAAACCCACUUUACAUUGGCACACAGCCCACAAAUGGUUCCUGGAACUCCUGGUUCUCUGAUGUGCUGUCGAUCUCAUCAUCUCUGGUUCCUGAGUGAGGAUGUUGCAUCGCCCAAGAAAGAUGCACAACUCACCUGGGUGAAUGGGGUUGCCACAACUUAACUCAGGAGGCCAGCAAAUUGGACAAACAAGUAAUAUGUGGCUGCUGGUGUUGUGCACGAGCUUGUGAGCUCUGUGUUGGCUGACGCUCCAAUCAGACAUUACCCCGCAACACCAGCUGUAGCUGGAUGACUUCGGAUUGUUUGGAAAACUCAGACAUUCCAAUGGUUGUGUGAAGUGUUUUUUAAUCUUUCUCCUGUAAUGUUGAUUUACAAUUAAUUUUUGCUCUUUGACUGUGGACAGAUAACAUUUGAUGUCCAUCAACAUUCUUGUAAACCCCUUCCUGAUCCAACAUUAUGUACGUGGGUGACAAUACUGAAGAUAACACUGAAGUGUGUGGUUUCAAAUAAUGCUUGUCCAGUAACCAGCCAUAGGGAGGUAAACAAUCAAACAGAAUGCCCAUCCCAGAAAGAAUGUUAACUGUAUGCGAACAAUGGCUGAGAGGCUGAUAAUCCAGUGCAGCACUAGUUUCAUGGCAAUAAAUUAUUGUUUAAAGGAAAGGUUUAUGGACCAUAAUAUUGACACCUUGCAACCUCUUGUAGUUUUGAUGUGCUUUGUUUGCAGAAAGAAUUCAUAAUUUUAUGGUCUAUUGAAAGGUACUGUGUAAAAACAGAUGCAUGUGAAUGUGUUUUAUAAAUUGGUUUUCUCCAAUAAAUGAUAUUAGACAGUGACCUUCCCCCUAUUUAGCCAUUAGCAAGGCUCUGAGGUAAAUCGUUCAUCAUUUUGUUAUCCAUUUGCCCAGACUGGUGUAUAUAUAUAUUUUUGUUAGACAAAGAGGGACAAUAUUAAGUUUUAUUGCAAUGGUGAUAGGAAUUUAGUUUUCAUUUGUAUGUAUCAGCUAUUUUAGUGUCUAUGUAACCAGCCCAAAAUCUGGCCAGAUGAAAUGCAAAAAGCUGUUUAUUUGGUUAGUUUGUCCUGAUACAUAAAUGUACACUUUGCAGUUAUUCAAAGCAUGUAUAUUCGGUAGUUACUGAGUCUUCACUUCUCUAUUUCUCACUGCAUUUUCAAGGGUUACCAAAAACUGGAAAGGAAUAUUAUGAAAUUGCUGCU